AUGGCCACCCAGCAGAUGGAUGAAAUGGAGCAGCACAUUGCCAAUCUUGGUCAGCCGCCUUGCGAGCCACCUUCAGAAGAUCUAUGCCCUCUUUCGGCUAACAGCCAAAUGCCUGGCGAUGCCCAGGUCCAGGUGGAGCAAAAGGAAACUGAUGUCUUGCUGCCCAACUCUGGGGCCAUUGUGAAGUAUGUUCCACCAAGCUCCACCCUGGCCUUGGCCAAAAGUGCUUGGGACGACCUGAAGGGCCUCGGCGAUCAGGCAGGUUACUGUGUCAAGUGCAACCGGACAGUGAACCUGAAGGCUGAGAAGGUUGUUCGAAAGAAGGGCCACAGCGGGCUGACAUGUUCAGCUUGCAACAGUGUGACCACAAGCCUGUACCGGCACUACAAUGUUCCAAACACGGGCUUUUCCGCUUUGAGCGCCCAAGAGCAGCAGGCUUUCUACGCCAAAGCUUGUGAGCUUCGAGCUCAGGACCCGGACGGCAAACUCCGGUUCUCCAAGCUUCAGGGGUUGCUACAGGAAAGCUUGGUGAAGAGGGAGGUUUUCUUGACCGAGAAGAAAGACACUGGCAAAUUUUUGCCCCUCUCCGUCUACGAAAAAAAGGGGUAUGACCUGCAGCCUAUCCGUGAGCGCGCCGAGCAGCGACAAGAUCCCUUGUUUGGGACGGUAUAUCGAGUUGGGGUUCUCGAAGUGAACCACAGUCACCUGAUGGAGCAGGUCCGCGAGAGGCUUCAGACGGCUACUCGAAAAGUUCGCAGGGCUGCCAAGGACCAGGAUGAUGACAAGGACUCCGAGGAUGACCUGAAGAGCAUGGACUCUGAAAGUGAGGAUUCCAAGCAUGGCCAGAAAAGGAAGCUGGAAGAGCCCAAGAAUGACAAGGAGACCAAGUCUUUGAUCAAGAAGCACAACAGUGCGCAGAAGAAGCUCGCCGACAAGGUCAUCAAGCAAUUGCAGACACCACUCACUGCAGCCUCAAAGCUCGAAAAGAAGUCGUCGACAUGCACUCCAGAGCUGAUGGGGCUGAUUGCCACGGGCAAGGCUUACAUCGAUUUGGCCAAGAAGAUGCGAAAGAAGGUUUCUCAGGCCAUCUCCAAGGAGAAGAAGGUCGAAGACUUUGAGCUUACUGACGAGGUCUUCUCGAAAUUCUUGGGGGAACUGAAGCAGGCCAUGAAGGACCAAGUCAAGGUGGACCAGCUGAUGGAAACGCUUGGCGAGUCUGGUCUGGCUUCAUUGGCUGCAGCUGCCCGGCGACAGGCUGAGGGGAGCUGA